GGCAUUUUAUGGCGAUAGUCACCUACAUGAUAUUAAUCGCGAUUAAAUUUCUAUUCAACUCUCCGUAUUGUCGAACGACCUCGACUUACUAAUAUUUAUUAUGCAUCGGAGACCAAUGGUUGCCACGACGUACUCGUCGCACGCAGUAUUAAUAUCCAAGACCCUAUAGCAUGGGUGAUAAAAUAAUAUUUUGAACUUUCCCAUGUUGAUCUCCUGGGUGAUUGCGUGGCCUGGGGACUCCAAUUACCACGGCAGAGAACACAGCCAGAAGGCGAAUGCGCCCCGAAAAUAUCUACCAGUCAACAAUUAGCCGGCAAUUGCUUCGAGAUCUACCGUCCCAUAUAUCAACUUCCGAAUAGAGUAUAUUGGUAAGCUCCCCACGUUGAACGCUCUUGGCUAGCUUAAAAGGGGUUAUGUUGUUUCCCCGAUGUUAAUAACUUCACGAGCGAAUCUUCCAUGGCUUGAACUACCCCUUCAUAAAUUCUGAAAUAAAAAUAUUUCGAAAUGUUAAGGUUCGCUUCUCUGCUCGCGCUUUGGGGCGCUGGCUCUUUCGUCAGUGCAGUGUCGAGCCAAGAUGAUUGUCCUGCGACAGGUGCAUCCAUCAUUGCUCAUUCCGGCGACCCGGUUGGAAAGGAGCAGGUCUACAAUGGGAUCAACAUGUACGUCACUGGCAACACAUCGGACACCGGUGUGUUGUACCUAACUGAUGUGUACGGGAUCCAAUUGCUGGAAAAUAAGCUACUUGCCGAUAGCUUCGGACGAGCUGGUUACUUAACGGUUGCCCCCGAUAUGUUCAACGGAACGCCAGCGGCGGCAGAUAUCAAUGUGCCAACACCAGGAUUUAACGCGCAGGGUUUUAUCGAAGACCAUGCCCCCAAUGUCACCGAUCCGAUUCUUGCGACAGCGAUUGAUUUCAUGCGCACUGAGCUCAAAGUGAAGAAAAUCGUUGCGACUGGCUAUUGUUUCGGAGGUCGUUACGCAUUUCGCUUAUUAGCCGAAGGCAAGGGCGCCUCCGUUGGUUUCGCCGCUCAUCCGAGUUUCCUAGAAGACGGCGAGAUCUCCGCCAUCACAGGUCCCGCGAGCAUCGCAGCAGCAGACGGAGACCAAAUGACACCUCCUGAAAGGAGAACCCAGGUGGAGGCGCUGCUUCUGAACACGACACAUCCUUACUCUUACUCAUUAUAUGGUGGAGUUUCGCAUGGGUUCGGCGUGAGAGCAAAUAUUUCGGAUCCGAAGCAGAAGUUUGGAAAAGAAGAGGCUUUCUUCCAAGCUAUUAGAUGGUUCAAUGCUUGGGCGUAG